AUGCCCGUACCGCCGCCGAACGACCCUCCGCUCACGUCCUUUGGCGCGCUCGUCCGCCUGGACGAGCUGCCGACGGACGAUCUGCGCGGCGGAAAGGCGCCAUGGGCUAGCGCGGCACCCCCGCUGCGCGAUCUCCGCACGCAGGCGUCGCCCCUGUGGUUCGGGGGCGGCGUCUUUGGCCACGGCAUGUACAAUGAGGACAGCGUGCUCACCAGCAAUGCGGCUGUGCGUGCGCUGCGCCUCGCAUUCAACUACGGCAUCAAUGCCCUCGACUCGUCGCCGUACUACUUUCCGUCCGAGCUCGUGCUCGGCCGCGCGCUCCGGAUCCUGGCGCCGGAGCACCCCCGCGACUCGUACUUCCUCGUGACCAAGUGCGGGCGCUACGGCCCGCUGCGCUCCCAGUUUGACUACUCGCCUGAGCGCAUCCGCACGUCGAUCCAGCAGAGCCUGGCGCGCCUCGGCACGACGUACCUGGACGGCGCCCUCCUGCACGAUGCCGAGUUUCCGGCGAUCGCCCUUACGGACGAGGGCCGCUGGCUCGCGGCGUCGGCCGUGGGCCUAAGCGACAAGUACACGCCGGACGAGGCACGGCGCCUGCUGGGCAUCGCGCCAGACGACGCCGCACGAAUCCGCGGGCCUGGCGACGAGGCCGUUUUGCAGGCGGCACGCACACUCUUUGAGCUCAAGGACGCAGGUGUUGUGCGGAACGUGGGCAUCAGCGGAUACCCUCUCGGCGAGCUUGUGCGCCUCUCGCGCCUGAUUGCAUCGCAUGCGCCGUACCGAAGCCUGGACAUGGUCCUGAGCUACAGCAACCACACGCUGCAUGCGGACCUGCUCCCUGCGUGGCAGGCCCUCUUUGACGCAUCCCCGAGCGGUGCACCAUGGACACCGCCGAUGCUGCUCAAUGCGUCGCCGUUCUCGAUGGGCCUCCUCGCAGACCGCGGGCCGCCUGCAUGGCACCCCGCCGAUGCGACGCUCCGCACCGCGACGCAUGCCGCCUUACAGGAGAUCCAGCAGGAUGCAGCGGCGCGCACUGCCUCGCCCAUACCCGCCGACCAGGUCCUCGCCACGACCGCGCUCUUCCGUGGCCUGCGUGGCAGCGAGGUCGUCACCAGGGACGGCGUGCCGGCGCUUCGCACGCUCCUGGGCAUGAGCAAUACUGACGAAGUCCACACGGCUAUCGCCACGUACCGCAUCCUGGCCGCGCACGGCGAUCCUGCCCGUGCGCAGCUCGCGGCGUACGAGGCGCUCGUCCGGCAGCGCCUUGUGGAGGCAGGCUCCGCCGAUCAGACGUGGGCCUCGCCGCCCGCCGACGCCUGA